AUGACUCGCUCAAAUGCGGAGAGGAAAAGCCCAGCUGUAUCCGAUGCAGCAGCACAGGACGCAAGUGCGAAUACACUAGCCCAGUUCCAUCGCGUCAUGCAUCAACAUCAGCAAAUGCUUCUAGCGUGGUCUCAGUACUGGACCGCCCGCUUUCAGUCUCACCAAGUGAGCGGUGGGCCUUCACCCAUUAUUCCCAACACGCUGCAUCGUUCAUUGCCGGGGGAGUCUUGGACAUCGACUUUUGGAGCGGUGUUGUCCCCCAGUGAGCCUGCGGUGUGGGACGCGAUCAACGCUAUGGGUGCCCUCUUUGAGAAUCCAGAUCCAUGCUUCGAUCCUGUCUGGCUCAGGCAAAACAGAUCUCAGGGGUUGCGUCCCAGCCACAGUGAUGCCUUACGCUGGUACUCGCGCUCGUUGGCCACUAUGCGCAGGCAGAUUGACCGGGGGACUGUUGACAUGAAUGUAGCGUUGAUUAGCUGCAUCUUGUUCAUCUGUAUAGAGACACUGCAGGGACGAGUGGAAGAGGCGCUACGACUGUACCAGCAGGGGGUCAGUCUCAUCUUUGAGCUCCGGGCAGGUGGGACUAGGAUGGGUACUAACUCAACCCUUUUGGAAGACACGAUUUUCCCUAUUUUCCUACGACUGGGCACAAUUGCGCUGAGUAUUUCAGGUGUUCCCGUUAGUGGCCUACUCGACGAAAUGCAAGGUCGUACUCAUACCACAAACAAAUUCUCCUCACUCAGCUCAGCCCGUCUUGCGAUGACCGCUCUUGCUGCAGAGGGCAUGAUCUUCCAGCGCACUGUGGAGGAGCAUUUUGCGACUAAGGGCCAUGAAUGCCCCCUUCCCCUAGCAUUCAAGCGCAAACAGGAAGAUAUCCAGAGACGCCUGGCAGAGUGGCACCGCGCCUACACCAAUCUAGUCAACUCUGACCCAUCAGAACUUCCUAGCAGCGUGACGUCUCUGUUACUCUCAUUCCAUGCUGCCACAUCAAUCAUUACCGCAGUUUCUACCGAGCAGCUGGAGACUGCAUACGACGCCUAUCUUCCCCAGUUCAGGCUGAUUGUUGAACACUCCACUGUCCAUCUCGAAGCUUCGGCUGACCCAGAUGGCAGGCAGCCGCCAUUCACCUUUGAGAUGGGACCUGGUCUCUCGCUUUUCCUGACCGCUAUUAAAUGCCGUGACCCGUGGCUGCGCCGAAGAGCCUUGGAAUUAUUGAGAAAGGCACCUCCAAUGCAGGCGCUAUACAAGUGUCCACCAGGUGCAAUAUUGGCAGAAGCUUUUAUGAAAUUAGAGGAAUUAGGGACUAUAUUUAAUGGCUCCAGCCCUGGAUCUGCAGGUCCUUAUGUCGAAUCAGAAAGUGGAAGAAGUGAGAUCGAAUCUACAAUCCCUAUUACAACAUUGAUACCGGAGGAAUCUCGAAUCCACGGCUAUUGCGUUUUCCGGCCGCGAGACGAUCCCUGGCCAUUGGGCGAUCUGGACAUCUCCAAGUGGAAUCGGGGUCCUGACCAGAUAUACUUGAAGUUCUCUCGGAAUCGAAUUGACGAGAAGACAAACACCUGGAGGAUGGUCCAUGAUAUUGUCCCAAUUGACUAUUGA